AUCGGAAGUUUAGAGACAAACUGGGUUUUGUUUACGAAGAAGAAGAAGAAGAAGAAGAAAAGGAAAAAAGAAAAAAAGAAAUGUUUUGUUGGAAAUGAGUGAUAUUUUGUGAUCUUAAGUGUUGUCAUCAUAUUUUUUAGUUCGUCAGGUGGACAGAUUAAGAAUGAGGCGCUCAGGAGCUCCCAGCCAGCUCUUGGGCAAUGCAGUGAAAAAGUCCCGUUUUGUGCCUCCUGGAGCAUCUUCAGGUCUACUACUAGCUGAAACCAAGCCCCUGAACCCUAAACUUGGUUUAGGCACUGUACUGGAUAAGGUCCAAAGAAGUUUAGUAGAACCAGCUCUGAGUAGAACAGAGAGUGAUGUCCCGCCCAAAUCUACCCAGCCUGCUCCAGCUUUGUCCAGGGCUCUGACUCGUGUUCUUGAUGCAACAGAGAGUAAGGAAAAUGAGGCUGAGACAGAAUAUCCUGACACUGACCCAGAACACUUUACAGAAGACAGCAGACCAGCAGGAGUGCAUGAUUACCUUCCCUUGGCUCCAGGGUCUCCUCAAACCCCUCAGCCACCUGCAGGCUCCACCUGCAGUCAGGAUGGAGUGCAUUACUUCAGUGUUAUGUGGUGUAAGGCCAGUAAGAAGAAGCACAAGCGCUGGGAGGGCGAUGCAGUCCUGGUGACAAGAGGCCGCACUGUCACACUUAAAGACAUGGAGGGAAAGGAUAUAGGAAAGGGUAGUGGCUACAAGGUGUCAGAGCUGGCUUCCCUGUCAGAGGGACAGACUCUGAUGAUUGGCGGGAAAGAAGUGGAAGUGAUGGGGGUCAUUUCCCCUGAGGACUUUGCCAGAGGACGCUGUUUUCAGGAGGUCCAAAUAGAGAGAGAGGAACCACACACAAAGUCAGCUCUACUCCCUGCUCGUUGCUUGCCAACCAAACCUUUCUGCCCUCCGUCUCGGUUUAGAAGAGGAGAGCCUCCAGAACCUAAACCAGGGGGAAAACAAACCUGCAGACCUCAGCAUGACCCACUGGCUCCAGGUGCACUGGUGAUGCCUCGUCCCUCUCCCAACCACCAGUGGACUAAUAACAUGUCAGGGCUUCCUGUGGUUGAUGUUGUGGUUGACCCACACCUCACCACUCACCUGCGACCCCACCAGAGAGACGGCCUGCUCUUCCUCUAUGAGUGCGUCAUGGGCAUGAGAGCUGUGGGUCGCUAUGGUGCCAUCCUGGCUGAUGAGAUGGGUCUUGGGAAGACCCUCCAGAGCGUGGCACUGUGCUGGACGCUGCUCAAGCAGGGACCAUACGGUGGGAAACCGGUUGCUAAGCGUGUACUUGUGGUUACACCUGGCAGUUUGGUGCAGAAUUGGGGUGCAGAGUUCAACAAGUGGCUGGGACGUGAGAGGAUCAGUGUUUUCACAGUGGAUCAGGACCACAGGAUAGAGCAGUUUGUGUUGUCCCCUCUGCACAGUGUUCUCGUGAUCAGCUACGAAAUGCUGCUGCGCUGCCUGGAACAGGUACAGAAAGUGGAGUUCGGCCUGGUAAUUUGUGAUGAGGGUCACAGAUUAAAGAACAGCAGCAUCAAAACGUCAUCUGCCCUCAGCAGCCUCAGCUGUAAUCGCAGAGUCAUACUUACAGGUACCCCAGUACAGAAUGACCUGCAGGAGUUUUAUGCGAUUAUAGAAUUUGUUAACCCAGGGAUUUUGAACUCAUCGACUGCUUAUAGGAAAGUUUAUGAGGAACCGAUCCUCCGCUCCAGACAGCCGUCCUGCACAGAAGAGGAGAGAGUUUUGGGAGAAGAGCGAGCAGCUGAGCUCUCUCGCCUGACUGGUAUGUUCAUUCUGAGGCGGACACAGGAGAUCAUCAACCGUUACCUGCCACCACGUCUCGACUGGACAUUAUUCUGUAACCCAUCCCCUCUGCAGCUCGAGCUGUACAAGCAGCUCCUGUGCCACCGAAUCUUCAGAGCCUGCCUUCAGGGCUCCACACAAACGCAUACACACCUGGCCUGCAUCACUGCGCUGAAGAAGCUGUGUAACCACCCUGGUCUGCUCCACUCCACUGUCAAGGAGAGAACAGAUGGAUCAGAAGAGAGUUUAUUAUAUGAAGGUCUGGCAGAGCUCUUCCCAGAAUCCUACUUUUCAGGUGGUUUUAACACUGCUGAUUCUGGAAAGCUCCUGGUCCUGUCAGACCUGCUAACUGCCAUUAGACAACUCAGCCCUUCAGAUAGGGUGAUUGUAGUGUCCAACUACACUCAGACACUUGACUUGCUGCAGGACUUGUGCAUACACAUGGGCUACACCUUCUGUCGACUAGACGGACACACACCUACUGGCCAGAGACAACGACUGGUUGACAGUUUUAACAGCCCCUAUUCUCAGAACUUCCUGUUUCUGCUGAGCUCUAAAGCUGGUGGGGUGGGACUUAAUCUGAUUGGUGCCUCUCACCUGGUGCUGUACGAUAUAGACUGGAACCCUGCAAAUGACAUUCAGGCCAUGGCUCGAAUAUGGAGAGAUGGACAGAAGAAGACUGUGCACAUCUACCGCCUUCUCACUGCAGGCACCAUUGAGGAGCGUAUAUUUCAGAGACAGGUGUCCAAACAGGGGCUUUCCGGCACUGUGGUGGACCUGGGAAAAAGGGCGGAGCACACCAGCUUUUCCACCAGUGAACUGCGAGACCUCAUGGACGGAUCAGUCCCGGCCACCAUAGAGGAGGAGGAGCCGGCUACUGAUAGGCCAUGCCAGCUCGGCCGUAAAGGUGACUGCGGAGGGGCGGCACAGAAACAUCUCAGCAUGUCGGAGCUGAUGCAGUGGAGGCACUUCUCUGGUGACACACACACCUUCUCAGACCCCUACCUCGAUCACGCACGAACCCACAUCACCUUUGCUUUCCAGACAACCAUUUCGCACAGCGCUCAGUUCUGGGCUUUGUCUGCAGCCUGAUUCCAGCGUAUGACUAAACACUGAACUGAUGCACAUUCAGCAACUGCCAGCAACAACAAAACAGUUUCCAAAUGUUUUAUAUAACUGUUUACAAUAUUGUGUUUUCUUGUUUGUGUAUUUUUUAAAAAAUGUGUUCCAUUAAACAAAUGAAAGUC